CGCAUACGGUCACAUUCGAAUACAGUUGGCAGAAUCAAAGCAAUAUCAUGUUUAUAACACGCAAUAUUACCAAAGCUGUGAACGUUGCCGUGCGCGGCAAGCAUUCGCUGCCCAAGUUGCCUUACGAGUAUGCCGCUCUGGAGCCAAUUAUUAGCCGUGAGAUUAUGGAGCUGCAUCAUACAAAGCAUCACCAGACCUAUGUCAACAAUUUGAAUGCCGCCGAGGAGCAGUUGGAGGAUGCCAAGUGCAAGAGCGAUACUACGAAGAUCAUACAAUUGGCGCCUGCUCUACGCUUCAAUGGCGGUGGUCAUAUCAAUCACACCAUUUUCUGGCAGAAUCUCUCCCCCACCAAGUCCACACCCAGCGAUGACCUAAAGAAAGCAAUUGAAUCGCAGUGGAAGAGCCUGGAUGAGUUCAAAAAGGAAAUGAGUGCAUUGACUGUGGCCGUGCAGGGCUCCGGCUGGGGCUGGUUGGGCUACAACAAGAAGAGCGGCAAAUUGCAGAUCGCUGCCUUGCCCAAUCAGGAUCCCUUGGAGGCAUCCACUGGAUUGAUUCCAUUGUUUGGCAUUGAUGUCUGGGAGCAUGCUUACUACUUGCAGUACAAGAAUGUGCGUCCCUCGUAUGUUGAGGCCAUCUGGGAAAUUGCCAAUUGGGAUGACAUUUCUUGCCGUUUCCAGGAGGCCAAGAAACUGACCUAACUGUAUAACAAUAUGUGUGUUUAAACUAAUCAUUGAGCCAGAGGUUCUCUUAUUGUAGUCUGCAAAGCAUUGCUAAUAAAUUGGUAAACCUAUAAAAAUUA